CGCUGCUUCUCCAACAGCGGUUCCGCUGAACGAAGCGAUGAAGAAGCUCGUGCUGUGUUGGAGAGGAUCAGGAAGCGCGAGCUGAUCUGUUGUCCUCUGCUCUAGGAGUUCACUUCUCCACAUGGUCUAAAUUUACAUCCACAGACACAUCAGGAUAUGCCUCCACAUCACACUGCUGAAAUCAGGAGAGAUUAACCCUAAAAACAUGACGUCCAGAAGUAACUCUGAGCCUCAGCAAACGUCGUCUGGUCCUCUCCAUACUGACACAUCUCCCACAGAAACGCAGAAACAUACCGAGAAGAAGAGAAACCAUCAGUGCUCCGAAUGCAGGAAGAGCUUUCCUGAUCAGAGUCAUCUCCAGAGACACCAGCGCAUUCACACUGGAGAAAAACCGUAUCAGUGCUCGGAAUGUGGGAAGAGCUUUAGUGACAAACGUAACCUGAAAACACACCAGCACAUUCACACCGGAGAGAAACCGUAUCAGUGCUCAGUUUGUGAGAAGAGUUUUAAUCAACAGAGUAACCUUCAACUACACCAGCUGAUCCACACAGGAGAGAAGCCAUACAGCUGCUCGGAGUGUGGAAGGAGUUUUAAUCAGCACAACCACUUUCAGCUACACAAGCGCAUUCACACCGGAGAGAAACCGUAUCACUGCUCAGUCUGCGGAAAGACGUUUAAUCAGCAGAGUAACCUGCAGUUACACCAGCGCAUCCACACUGGAGAGAAGCCAUAUCAGUGCACCGAGUGCGGGAAGAGCUUCAAUCAGCAGAGUCACCUCCAGCUACACCAGCGUGAUCACACCGGAGAGAGGCCGUAUCACUGCGCGGAGUGUGGGAGGAGUUUUAAACAGCAGAGUAACCUACAAGUCCACCAGCGCAUUCAUACUGGAGAUAAACCCUAUUACUGCUCAGACUGUGAGCGCAGCUUCAGGCAUUCAAGUACGUUAAAAUCACACAAGUGCACUAAGAGGGAAGUGAACAACUCUUGACACAUCACUGAGAAUCUCAGGUGCCACUGUGAGAGAGAACCUGCUGAGAUGCCUUCAACCUCCAAAAAGCAGACCUACACAUCUACCAGAGUGUGAUCUUGUACUAAUAUUACUGUCCAGAUGAUCUGAUCAGGAAAGCAGGAGCUCUAAGCACCUUUUUUGGCUCCGGAGUUUUGCCAUUAACAGCAGCUGAAUGGGGGCUGAGAAAGCUGCUCAGAAAAUCUGUGAUCUUUGCCGCUGUGUUGAAAUCAGAUCCGCUGUAAAAUCUGAAUCUCCAGACUGGCUUUUCUCGCAGUGCUGCGGCUUCGCUCCAUCUACCUGUCUGCUGGCCCCUUAGCAGUGGGCUGUUUAGGUAACAGCACAGAGCACACAUAGGUUAACCAGUAAGGGGUCUAACUCUAGGUAUGAAGGGCAACAUCGCUGCCUCAGUUGAGGGUCCAGUACAGUGGGGCAUUUUUUACAGCCAUGCUGGGAAUACAUGCUAUCUAGACUGAGUGAUUUUGAGUGUUUUUUUCCACAUUUUAACAAGCCGGUUAAAAAGCAUAUAGUAGAAGAUGGUGCUGACCGAAUGUGCUGUGGCUCCACUGCGCUGUAAGAGUUUUUAAGACUUUUAUGUUGAAGAGCCUGAUUGUGGGGGGAGUGGUGGGUUUCCAGAGCAGAGGGCUGUGUUUAGCUGUCAGCACUGGAGAGGCUGUGUUUCUUCUCUGUUUUUAGCAAAUUAAAAUUGAAGCUGCAUUAUGGAUUGAAACCUCGAGUCGUCUAAGUUCGUCAGAGAACCCAGAUUGGUGCAGUGUUCUGCAGCCUUCACCUUUAUUGCUGUAGCCAAGACAAAAAAAUUAUGUCUGAAUCCCAAAAUUACCUAACAACAAACAGAUAUCAGAAUACUGGAAUAUUCGGGUCCAGCCUUAUAAGGCCCUAAAAAAAUCUUUUCCAGAGGAGGGAGCUAUAACUCACUAAAGGUUUCUUCAUUGGGUUUCUUCACACACACAAACACCAUAAGUUGAGGUUCUGUUGGAGGAGAACAUGGUUACAGUCGGUCACUGUCAGUGUAUUACUGAGUCAAUCACUAAAAUGAAUCUAAAUUAAUAAACUGUUCUGAUAUCUUAGUCCACAGAGCUGUGACUGUAAAUCAAUACUGCAAUUUACAGGAAAUCCUGUGAACUGAACUGACCACAACAAUGACUGUCAUAAAAACUAAUAAAAAAAAUUAAACAUUCA